GUGGAUGUAGUGGACGCGGGCAAAGGUGAACUCCAGGUUAGCAUUAACCGUAGUCAGGUGCCCUUCGUGAUGGAACACCUUGGAAAGGGUCUGCACCGUGUGACCUUUGAACCUAAGAAGGACGAGGAGUACCUCGUCGAAGUCAAGUUCAAUGGGGAAGAAGUUUCAAAUUGCAGCAUAAACGUACCAGUCUUAGACAAAAAUCAGCUGAAAGUGACGGGAGAGGGCGUAUCCUACGCAUCUGUCAAUCAAAAAUCAAGCUUCAAGUUGAUUGGUCAGAAGUUGGUCCAAGAUGGAGUGGAGGUUGUCAUCACGGCCAUGGAAGGCAAGGAAAAGAUUCCUGUGGAGGUGACGAAAGUGAACAGCAGCACGUACAACAUCGAAUACGUCACAAUGAAGGUAGGCGAUUACAGGGCAGAGGUCAAAUAUAAAGGGGUCACCAUAGGUCAAGGACCUUUCGUUAUUAAAUCGUUUGACCCUAACAAAAUCAAGGUCGAUGGAUUGAGGGACACCAUUUUAGACACGCCCACAAUGUUUAUGAUCGACGCCAGCCAAUCAGGAAACGGCAAGUUGGAGGUGGACAUUCGUGACUCAGAAAAUAUAUGCGUACCUACCGAAGUCCAUUCCAGCCGAUCACAGCAGUUCAUUUCAACCUUUACCCCAACGAAACCAGGUCAAUAUAGGGUCAAUGUGAAAUUCAAUGGAGUGCAAGUUAAAGGUUUAUAA